UUCAAGCUGUCAGGGAAGCAGGCUAUAAAGCAGAAAGGGACGGGACUCUGAGGAGGCUGUUGGUGCUGAGGACGGACAUACGGUGCUGUUGUGCUGCCUUCGGAAAACCUCUGUCUGACUCAAACUUGGAUGAUUCAAAACAGGAGACUUUCAAACUUCUGACAGCAAACAUUUGGAUUUAAGGUGGAAACUUACAUUUUUUGUUAGGGCGUGUAAUUAGUCGAUUUAAAUCGUCAGUGGCCUCAUAAACUACGCCAUAUAGGAAGUUUGAAGGAAGUAUUUUGCGGAGAGACGAGAGGGACGUUUGGGAUGCUGGUUCCCCGCGCGCUCCGUUCCUUGCUGUGCGUGCUGAGCUGCGCGUGGCUGCACGCUGGAGCGGCCUCGCGGCUCAAGUCUCCCGCUCUGCCCAUCCAGUCAGAGAGAGAGCCGCUGCCCUCCAAAGGCUUGUCAGGAUGCUCAUUUGGAGGCCGAUUCUAUUCUCUGGAGGACACAUGGCACCCAGAUCUCGGGGAGCCCUUCGGUGUCAUGCACUGUGUCCAGUGCCACUGCGAACCCCAAAAGAGCCGUCGUGGCAAGGUGUUUGGGAAAGUAAACUGUAAGAAUAUCAAACAGGACUGUCCAGACCUGGACUGUGACGAUCCCAUCCUGCUCCCAGGGCACUGCUGUAAAACCUGUCCCAAAGGUGUUGAUGACAAGAAACAGACAGACUCAGUGCUGGACAGCUUUGAGUAUUUCCUUGAGAAGGGCAAGGAAAAGGAGGAUGACCUCCACAAAUCUUACAACGACCGAUCCUACCUGAGCUCUGAGGAGGUGGGCCCUGGGGAGAGCCGCACUGAUUUUGUAGCAGUGCUGACAGGAGUGGCAGACUCAUGGCUUCCCAGUUCCAGUGGUGUUGCCAGAGCUCGAUUCUCUCUGAGCAGAACUAGCCUGGCCUUCUCCAUCACAUACCAGAGAAUGGACCGCCCCAGUAAAAUAAUCUUCCUUGAUUCAGAUGGAACCUCUGCUUUUGAGUAUCGAGUUCCCAAAGGACAGUCAGACAUGAUCUGUGGUGUAUGGAAGAACCUGGCGAAGCCUCUGAUACGACAGCUGCAGUCUGAGCAGAUGCGUAUCAGCAUGUCCACAUCGACAGGCAGACGAGAAGAAGUGGAGGGGAAGAUCAUCAAACACAGGGCGCUGUUUGCUGAGACAUUCAGUUCAACACUGACAUCGGAGGAGGAGAAUUCAGGCAUGGGAGGCAUCGCCAUGUUGACGCUGAGUGACACAGAGAACAAUCUCCACUUCAUCCUCAUCCUGCAAGGCCUGAUCAAACACAAAGACAAAGAGCCUGUUGUGGUGCCCAUCAGAGUCCAGCUUAUGUACCGCCAGCACAUCCUGAGAGAGAUCAGAGCCAACAUCACCUCUCAUGAUCCGGACUUUGCGGAGGUGCUGACAGACCUGAAUAGCCGUGAGCUGUUUUGGUUAUCACGUGGUCAGCUGGAGAUCGCCGUGGCAACAGAGGGUCAGGAUCCUCGGCAAAUCUCUGGCUUCAUCACCGGCAGGAAAUCUUGUGACACUAUUCAGAGUGUGAUGUCAAGCGGCGAUGCAUUGACACCGGGGAAGACAGGAGGCGUAGGAUCCGCUAUCUUCACCCUCCAUGAUAACGGCACACUCGACUACCAGGUUCAGGUCGCAGGUCUCACCAGUGACUUUGUUGGCCUCACUAUUGAGCUGAAGCCGCGGCGGCGAAACAAGCGAUCUGUGUUGUAUGACCUGACGCCCGAGUACAACAAGGCCACAGGCCAGGCGCAGGGCAGCUGGAGUCGUCUGGAGGCUCGACACAUCCACAUGCUGCUGCAGAACGAGCUGUUCAUCAAUGUGGCCACAGCACACAAUCAGGAGGGGGAGCUGAGGGGGCAGAUUAAGGCCCUGUUCUACAACGGCCUGGAGGCACCCAGACACGAAUUGCCCGUUCCUCUGGCCGGCCACUUUGUGUCUCCACCAGUAAGAACUGGUGCCUCUGGCCAUGCUUGGGUGUCAGUGGACAAACUGUGUCACCUGCAUUAUGAGAUCAUUGUUGCAGGCCUCAGCAAGGCCGACGACCUCACCGUGAACGCCCACCUCCACGGGCUGGCUGAGAUUGGAGAAAUAGAUGACAGCAGCACCACUCACAAGAGGCUGCUGACAGGCUUCUACGGCUCUCAGGCCCAGGGAGUGUUGAAGGACAUCAGUGUUGAAUUACUGCGACACCUGGACCAAGGAACAGCCUUCAUCCAGGUCAGCACCAAGACGAACCCCCGAGGAGAAAUACGAGGACGGGUCCACGUGCCAAAUAACUGUGAAUUCGGGACGAUGGGGGAGGUGGAAGAAGCUGAGUUUGAUGACCUCUUUGUGAAGGACCCUGAGGAGCUUAAGAAAGACCCCCUGACUUGCUUCUUUGAGAACCAGCACCAUGCUCACGGCUCCCGCUGGACUCCCAACUAUGACAAGUGUUUCUCCUGCAGCUGCCAGAAGCGAACUGUGAUCUGUGACCCAGUCAUUUGUCCUGUGUUGACCUGCUCCCGAACCAUUCAGCCUGAGGACCAGUGCUGCCCAAUCUGUGAUGAGAGGAGGGAGCCCAAGGACAUGAAAGCUCCAGAGAGGGUGGAUGAACAUCUUGAAGGUUGUUACUUUGAAGGAGACCAGAAGAUGCAUGCUCCAGGAACCACAUGGCAUCCCUUUGUACCUCCCUUUGGCUACAUUAAAUGUGCUGUCUGCACUUGCAAGGGAUCUUCAGGGGAGGUACACUGUGAGAAGGUGACGUGUCCGGUGUUGACCUGCAGCCAUCCCAUAAGACGUAAUCCCUCCGACUGCUGUAAGGAGUGUCCAGAGGAGGAGAGGACUACUGCAGGCCUGGAGCACAGCGACAUGAUGCAAGCAGAUGGCCCGAGGCACUGCAAAUUUGGCAAGAACUAUUACCAGAACAGUGACAACUGGCAUCCCUGGGUACCUCUGGUGGGGGAGAUGAAAUGCAUCAACUGCUGGUGUGAUAAUGGUGUGACUAAAUGUCAGAGGAAGCAAUGUCCAGGACUGACCUGCACCAACAUCAGUCGCAGAGAGGGCACAUGUUGUCCUGAAUGCCUUGAUUCCAAAGAGGAAGGGGACCUGUUGAUGAAAACGCCAGAUAAAAGGCAAACCUUGAGACACUGAUCUGCGAGGAGCCACACAAACAACAAACCCUCGUCUACCCAUUGAAGUCAUCCCGCCCCUGAUGGACCCAAACCCAGAGCUGCACAAUGGGUCUGCCCACCUACCCUCCCUCUUCACCUAACACCCACCCUGGUAUCAGCUUUAGGAUUGUAAUGAACAGAGGAGAGCAGAGACAGCGGAAUUAUAAAAUGAAAACAAAAAUUUUCCAGAGACUCGUUAAGUGAAGGAAUGAAGCUAUGAAGAGGACCAACCAGACUUUACAAACCUGCUGCCUUCUGCUUCCUGCCUUCUGUUUUCGCUGGAAUUUCUUUUUUGCUCUCUUUUUUCAAUAACAGGACAGAACGUGCAGAUGUACAAAUAUAACACAUUCGAUUGGAUUCCGUUGGUCCAACUUUGCUUUGAGUGCCAAACUUUGGAAAGGUCUUGCAAGUUGUAUUUUUUUUUUUGACAGAGCUUCUUUUUGAAGUACAGCCAUAGCUACUGCAGCUCUCCCUUCUCUCACUGGAUAGAGAGGAGAGUGUUGCUUGUGAAUAUGUAUGCAUGUGAAUGUGGCUUUGUGUGAGUGUGUGUGUGUGAGUGUGUGUGUUCUUUUUUUAAAACCUGUAAAGAAUACAACUAAUCAGCAAUACUGAAACAGUAAAAAUCCUGGGUGGCAAGACAAGGUUUAAAAAAAAAAGAAAAACUUUGUGAAAACCUGGAAAAAUGUCAUUCACUGCCUCUUAAGCCAGUCGGCAUCUUUUAUUUGUUGUAAGAUUACAAUUUCCACUCAGUAUCAAUCAUGUAGGCAUCAGGAUCAGCGCUACGCCACUGAAAGAGAUGCUUGGAAUGGCUGAAUGUUAUUAAUAUAUAGACAAACAUGAUCUCAUUGCUUCUCUGCUUCAGUUGUUCCUAUUUCUGUUUCGAGUUAAGUAAUAUUUUAUGAAUUUUCUAUUGUUGUUUCUGAAUAUGAAGCUGGUUUGUAUUUUGUAUUUAUUGAAUGGUGUGGAGACAAAAUAAAAAAGAUGUUGGUUAAA